CGCCCGCCACAUCACGUGAUGGGAGCUCAGGCUUCAACCUGUUGCUGCCCAGGCCCCCAGUGAUCGCCAUGGAGCUUGUGCGGCGGAGCUGUCCUGUGCUGCUGCUGGUUCUGGGCCUGAGCUCUGGAGCGGUCAUCAACUGGCCCACAAAGGAAGGCAAAGAAGUAUGGGAUUAUGUGACUGUCCGGAAGGAUGCCCAUAUGUUUUGGUGGCUCUAUUAUGCCACCAACCCCUGCAAGAACUUCUCAGAACUGCCUUUAGUCAUGUGGCUUCAGGGUGGUCCAGGUGGUUCCAGCACUGGAUUUGGAAACUUCGAGGAAAUUGGACCCCUUGACAGUAACCUCAAACCACGAAAAACAACCUGGCUCCAGUCUGCCAGUCUCUUGUUUGUGGAUAACCCGGUGGGCACUGGGUUCAGUUAUGUGAACAGUAGUGGUGCCUAUGCCAAAGACCUUGCCAUGGUGGUCUCAGACAUGAUGGUUCUCCUGAAGGACUUCUUCAGUUGCCACAAAGAAUUCCAGGCGGUUCCAUUCUACAUUUUCUCAGAGUCCUAUGGAGGAAAAAUGGCUGCUGGAAUUAGUCUAGAACUUCAUAAGGCUGUUCAGCAAGGAACCAUCCCCUGCAACUUUGCCGGGGUUGCGUUGGGUGACUCCUGGAUUUCUCCUAUUGAUUCAGUGCUUUCCUGGGGACCUUAUCUCUACAGCAUGUCUCUUCUUGAUGACCAAGGUCUGAAAGAUGUGUCUAAGAUAGCAGAACAAGUCCUUGAUGCUGUCAAUCAGGAGCACUAUGUAGAGGCCACCAAGCUGUGGGGGAAAGCUGAAUGGGUCAUUGAACAGAACACAGAUAACGUGAACUUCUAUAACAUCUUAACUAAAGACACUCCCCAGUCUCCAAAGAAAUCGAGCCUAGAAUUCAGCCAGAGUUACCUAGUUCGUCUUGGGCAGCGCCACCUGAGACUCCUACAUCAAGAUGCCUUAAGUCAACUCAUGAAUGGACCCAUCCGAAAGAAGCUAAAAAUUAUUCCUGAGGACCGUUCCUGGGGAGGCCAGGCUACUGAAGUCUUCACACACAUGGAGGGGGACUUCAUGAAACCGGUCAUCAGUAUUGUGGACAAGUUGCUGGAAGCUGGGGUCAACGUGACGGUGUACAAUGGACAGCUGGACCUUAUUGUGGACACUAUGGGUCAGGAGGCCUGGGUACGGAAACUGACAUGGGCAGAACUGCCCAAAUUCAAUCAGUUGAAGUGGAAGCCCCUAUACAGUGACCCUGAAUCUUCUGAAACAUCUGCCUUUGUCAAAUCCUACAAGAAUCUGGCUUUCUACUGGAUUCUCAGAGCUGGACACAUGGUUCCUUCUGACCAAGGACCCAUGGCUCUGAAGCUGAUGAGGAUGGUGACUAAGCAAGAGGAGGAUGCACUGAGCCGGAGAUGAGCCAGCCGAUUUGGCCCUGGGACACAGGAGCUGAAGAGGACACCCUGAGGCUGUACGAAGCAUCCUUCUCCCCUAGAAUCUAACUUGGACUGUGACUGAACAUUCCAGCCAGCCUCUGCAGAGAAUUACUUCUGCCUCUGUGGCAGCUCGGGAAUCAUUGCUGCUUCUCAAAAAAAGAAGAAAAGAACCAAAGUUAAAAAAAAAAAAAAAAAAAAGGAUUAGUUUUCACCAAAAUGAAGGAUUGAGGUAGAUUAAUUUUUUUAAAGCAGAUUAUAUGAUUUAUCAAAAAGAGGGAGGAGACAAAGAGUAAGAUAAGCCCCUAUACUAUUCCCUCCCCAGGGAUAAACACUUGUCACCUCUUUAGUGUAUAUCCUUGCAAGUCUUUUUAGCUAUAUAUACGGAUCUUCCUUGACUUAUGAUGUGGACAUAACCCCAUUAUAAGCUAAAAAUACCACAAUUCAAAAGUGCACUUAAUAUACCUAAUCUUCCAAACAUCACAGCUUAAAUUGACCUACCUUAUAUAUGCUUUAGGACACUUACCCAGCUAGCUGCAGUUGUUCAGAAUCAUUUAACAGAACGCCUAUGUCAUCAGAAAUGACUGACUAUCUCAUAUAAUCUAUUGGUUACUUGACUGAAAGUGAAAAAUAGUAGCUGUCUGGAUUCUCACCAUUAGUGCACCCAGCAAGAAGCAUGCAGAGCCUGAAGAAUAUUUGAAGCAUUGAACUAAAAAUGAACUGUUGCCUGAUGAUGGUGCUAUAUAGUGUUAGGAUCAUCAGUUUCUCUUCUGGCAAGACUUGAGAGUGCUGUUUGCUCUAAUCAUCAUGUAGCUGAGGUGGGAACUGCACACUUGCUGCCACUGCUCUGCAUCAUGAGAGAAUAUUGUGGCACUGAUCACUAGUUAGGCAAAGAUCAAAAACCAAAGCACAGAAUGCAUGUGGCUUUCAUAUCGUCAGAAAGGCAAGAGAUUGUAUGUCAAAUCAGUGUAAGUCCGGAACCGUCGGUACAUACCUAUUUUUAUAAAGAAGGAAUCAUCACUGUUUUACUGUAUACUUUGUUCACAUAUCACUAUGUCAUGAAUACCUUUCAUGUCAAUAAAUACUCUUCUGUAACA